UUUAUCUAUCUGGCGUUGGCUUCAAGUAUCGGUAAAAGUCUGCUAUUAUUGAUCUUCGGAUGGAGAUUCUGAUAAACGAGAACUUCUUGAUCUCCCACACCCUUCAUAUCCUUAUCACUUGACUCGUCCAACUACACUCCUCUCGUGCCUCCCACCAACCUCCAAAAGAUUUUUCGUGUAUCUUAGUUGAACUUAACAGACGCAGCAUCGUGCGCUAACUUUUUGAUUUUGUGCGAGAUCCACUGUGCUGUAUUGUAUGUUCAUGAGGAUCAUCCACGAACAAGAGACCAUAUAAUGAAGAUGAUAGGUAUGCUAAAUAAUUUGUUUUGAAUUUUUUUCAUCAUGCCUCAUGAGUCAAACAUAGAUACAGCUAUCUAUCAUUUAAGAAAAAAGUAGUACUACUGGUUGCGAACAAGAAUGCGAAUAGACUGACAUCGCAUUAAUUUCUUCUACAAGGCAUCAAGGAAAAAAUCGUCCAUGUUUAUACAUCUUCAUUGCCAACCACAACAGUAUUGAUCCAGUUCAAUUAUGUUCAUGAACAACGAGGAAACCACACACAUGACAAGACAAGUUAUCAUGAAUCAAUAUUAGCAUUGAUUGCCGGGGGUAUCAUUUUUUAUGGUCGUCCAGCCACCAGCCUUCGGUAAUGAUCAAUUAUAGCAACAAAAAUAUAGUUCUUGAAGAAGAAGAACCAACAACAAGAUGAUGGAAAUAAUGCGCACGAGCACGUUAGUGGGAUUGUUUGUCCUACUUAUCCUCGAUGGACCAGUGCUAGUUCUUGCGUUAGAUGUCACAAGGGAAAAGCGGCUUGCGCCUCGCAUUAAGGUCACGAAUGCAUGCUCAAGCUUAACGUCUAUUCGUCCUUGGACUUCAUUUACUUGGUAUGAUGUAAGUAUGAAAACUAGUGGUAAGUUUAUUUUAAGGUAUAAUAUUUAUAAGUAAGCAGUUCAUCUUCGUCGUUACCCUCCUUACCACUAGGUAUAGGGUCGUUACCCUUACCACUACGGGUUUCUGCAUCCACAAGCUAUGAUGUAUGUAUGAGUAAGUAAGUAUAUGUAAGUAAGUAUUAGUAUCUGUAAGUAUUAUAUAAAAGAAGCCAAGGACGACAACUGACGGCACUGGAAGUAGCUCUAAUCGUAACAUCAUUGAUGACUCACAAACUGUUGAUGUGGGCGAAAACGGCACUGCCGCCUCGUCUUUUGCCGAGGCUUCGAAAUCGUUUUUCUACGGGAAUCAAACUAGUCGUACAGGAAGUAGCUCUACUGGUAGCUCUGAAUCUACUGAUGGAACAACAAGGAGGAGACCUCGCCUACGAGGGGCAGCAAGAUAUUCAACGUUUGUGUCUCUGUCGACUGGUACAGGAGCAGGUCGACCAGGUGGGCCAGGAGCAGGACGAAAUUUAUCAAAUUGCUCAUUCAACAUCAACAAAUAUCACAAAUCACAACGACGGUCACGAUAAAGUUAAAAUAAAUGCUACUACUACGAUAAAGCUUGAAAUUAAAUUUUGAAUAUCAACAUUCACUAUUCACAACUGUUAGACAAUAACAAUCGAUGACAUUCACACAAGAACUACAUGCAAGUCGAUGAUGAUCAUAGAGUUGUAGAUAUUUGAAUGCUGAACAAGUAAAUCAGAACAAGAACAAGGAAGUGCAAGUAACUAGAAGUACUAAGAACGAAGUAGAAAAAUUAUAUCUAUUUUAUUUCACACCCACACGACCCACAUCAGUCACCACGAAUAGAGUUUCUCACGACGGUUAUUAAACCACCACGGUAGUUGGACUUCUCAAAAAUCUCAAUGAAAAAACGAAGGUAGAAGUAUUAUUUUCUCUGGCCUCUCAGCACCAGCUCGAUGACCACCGCGAAAUUAAAACCCUCCCUGAAGAAACCUGUACAAAACCCAAGUCUAUCUACCCAGUAGCAUCACGUCAAGAUAGCAACAAACCCAAGACUCUAUUCAAAAACAACAUGCAUGAAAAUAAAUUUUUGAUCUUGAAGAGGCACACAACCAUUUCCACCUUGGAUCUUACUACAUGAUGUACAUACAUUGAUGACCCCAGCAUCGGAAACAUGAACAACUAUGAUCUGCC